GGAACGAGGAUGCUGCAGACACCUUCAGCAAUGCAGUCCGAUAUCUCCACCUGUAUAAGAUUUCGUUAUGCAUACCUUCUUCGUCCUUUUUGCUAAGGAUCAUGAAAGCUGUUCCUGAUUCUUCGCUCCAUCUGUAGUACAAUCUCUCGCUCACGCUUUAUUUUUUUGGUGGGAACCAUGAGGAUCUUGAGCUGGGUGCAAACCAAGUUCAGUGGGAGACAGGAGCAUAAGCGAUGUGCUGCUGCUUUGAGUUCUGCUUCUUGUACUUCAAUCCCUGUUAUUUCUAAAGAAGAAUUCCGGGACUGGCCGCAGGCGUUGUUGGCAAUCGGGACAUUAGGCAACAGAGACAUCAAAGAAGACCCACAAAGACCUGAAUCCUCGGAAAACCUGCAAGCUUCAGAAGAUCUGCCUGAUUUCACCAUGGAAGACGUGAACAGAUUCCAGGUAGAGCUAGUCAAGCUACUGACUCGAAAGCCGAAUUCUAGUACCAGUGCACCAGAGAUCGCUGAAGCAGAUCGGGCUAAUCUGCUACUGAAUUGGUUCCUUAAUCGCCCAUCGAGCUUGGAAGUUGACAGGAAACUGGAGAAUCUUGGCGAUCUCUCUCCCAGUACCAAGAUCAUACUAUCUAAAGUGAGAGAUGCUUUGUUGAGCAACCGCACCGCGAUUAAGAAAGAAUCACUCUCAUUUCUUUUCAAGAAGUUGUUUGUAUGUGGAGGUGGCUUUGCGCCGCCUCGGAACUUGAAGGAUCCAAUUCCUGAGCCGAGGAUUGAUAAGGUUUUGAGGGCAAUUCUGACCAAGAAGAUUUACCCUCGAAGCUCUGCUCUGGCUCCAGCAAAGAAGUACUUGGCGAAUAAACCCACUGAGAAGAUGCAGGAAGAGGACAAAAGGAAAGAUCAGUAUAAAUGGGUUAAGACCGAUUCUGAGUGUAAGAUGUUUCAUUCAUGCGUUAGUGCAUUCUGAUAGCAUGCCCAAGGUGACGCUGACUAGAAAAUUCUGCUUGCCUCCAGUUAUAGAACUUAUUGUUCUAGAGAUCUAGAGACCAAUCUAUCGAGAGAGUCUCGGGGAACGGGAUCAAGAAAGAUGAGCUCAAACUGAAACGGCAAGGAAAGGAGGCACAGAGCAGAACCAGAAGUUCUCUGCAAUUGAUAAAAGAAUAGCGAAGGCUCCAAACGGGAGGCGUUUAAUCUUCUGAUGCGUGUCCUGAUGCGAAUUCUGAUUUCAGAGUUGAGUCGAGUCUAGUCAAUUCAGAUUAGGUUCACGUUCAAUUGAAUUUAUUAUGAACUUAGCGUCACAAUUUAAGCUUGAAUCAUGAACGCUGCGACUGAUCAAGCUCAUCAAGCUUGAGCUUCUUGUCACGCUUCUGUCUUAGGUUACUUAUCGUAUGAGAGGGAUACAUCUGAUGAUUGAUUCGGUUUCCCACAGGAAAACUGGGAGCAAGAAAUCCUGUACAAAUUAGAUUCACGUUGUAAAUAGAUUAAUACAUUUAACGUAUAUAUGACGCCAUGAUGACGCCAUAGAGCUUCACGGGAUUCCCAUAGCAAAAGGAGCGUCGUUUGGAGCCGCGUACACUGCACUCGACUCUUGGGGUCCACAGAGCCUGCCGAUGUCCUCGGGAGUCCAGGGGGGCGCACAAUUAGUGCUUAUUUGUGGACUCGGAACCGCAUCGUCUUUGUCUGCAAUCAAAGUGUCAGGUAAACGUGGCUUCAAAUACGCGCACGCUGCUCGAUCUGUGACAUUUGAUCCCUCCCCUCCGACGAUCCGCUGCGGUCCUCCACUACUGGUGAGAGAGUCAACUGUUAGUCUGAUUCCAUCGGUGACUCGAUUUCCGCUCCCGACGGGAAACCCACGCAAUACAGUCAAUAGAUGCAGGGCCCGAUCCACCGAUCGGAGGCGAUAAAAACCCUAAUCCUCGCUAGAAAUUAGGCCACCGGAAAGAGGAAAUUAUCCAUCCGUUCCUGAUUUUUCUUUCUCAGUUCUUUCGAUCUUUACCUCUGAGGAGGAAAAACGGCGUCGCUUUUCCGGCUAGGGAUUCGGAUUUUCGGGACUGGGAAUUGGAUCUCCGACUCGGACGCAACUGGUGGCUGCCGGUGGGUUCGGGUUGAACGACGCUAGGGUUCCGAAAGAUCGCGUUCUUCUCAAGGAGAUUCGGGGGAAGACACGGACUGUUAGGCUGGGGGUGGUGUGGCGGUCCUGAAUUUGGGCUGCCGACGCUAUUUGUGAAAGUUUUAGGGGACAUUUGGGUGAUCGUUUGACAGGCCUAAAGGUUUGGGGCGCAAUGUCGUGGGCGGGACCAGAAGAUAUCUUGUUCUCCACCUCCCUUGCAAGCUAUCUUGAUA